UCCACCCAUUGGUUGCGUAGUAGUUUACUGUGGAGACCCGGAUCUGGCAGAAUGUGACAGACUAGAUUUGGAGGAGGAGGAGGAGGAGGAGUUUGUGAGGUUUUUAAACGACGUUCGCACAGCAAAAAGCGCAUGCGGGUUCGAAGGUGGGCUCGGGCUCCUUCAGGCUCGGCUUAGUAGGAAAGUGCGGCGUCUGAAUGGAGAGCGGAGAGAGAAGGAGGCCUCUGGAGCGAGACGGAUAAGAGCAGGGUCUUUUCUGCUGCCAGUGAUACGCAAUGGGCUAUGACGUCAACAGGUUCCAGGGUGAAGUGGAUGAAGAUCUCCUGUGCCCUAUUUGCAGUGGGGUUUUAGAAGAGCCGGUACAAGCUCCACACUGUGAACAUGCAUUCUGCAAUGCCUGCAUCACCCAGUGGUUCUCUCAGCAGCAGAUCUGCCCAGUGGACCGAACAGUGGUCACUCUUGCGCACCUGCGGCCUGUACCAAGAAUUAUGCGCAACAUGCUCUCCAAGCUCCAGAUAACCUGUGACAACUCUGUGUUUGGCUGCAGUGCCAUCCUGCGGCUUGACCAACUGCAGUCUCACCUCAAAGACUGUGAACACAAUCCCAAGAGGCCAGUCAUGUGUGAAGAGGGCUGUGGGCUUGAGAUGCCAAAGGAUGAGCUACCAAACCACAAAUGCAUUAAGCACUUGCGCAUAGUAGUGCAGCAGCAGCAGACCAAGAUAGCCGAGCUGGAGAAGACGGCAGCUGAGCAUAAGCACCAGCUGGCUGAGCAGAAACGUGAUAUUCAACUAUUGAAAGCUUACAUGCGAGCAAUUCGAAGCGCCAACCCCAACCUACAGAACCUUGAGGAGACCAUUGAGUAUAAUGAGAUUUUAGAAUGGGUGAACUCCUUGCAGCCUGCAAGAGUGACUCGCUGGGGUGGAAUGAUCUCAACACCAGAUGCUGUACUGCAGGCAGUGAUUAAGCGUUCUCUCAUCGACAGUGGCUGCCCCUUGUCUAUCGUCAAUGACUUGAUUGAAAAUGCCCAUGAGCGCAACUGGCCCCAGGGCCUGGCCACCCUGGAGACACGGCAGAUGAAUCGGCGCUACUAUGAAAAUUAUGUUGCUAAGCGUAUCCCCGGCAAGCAGGCAGUAGUGGUGAUGGCAUGUGAGAAUCAGCACAUGGGAGAGGACAUGAUACUCGAACCUGGACUUGUUAUGAUAUUUGCACAUGGAGUGGAGGAGAUCCUAUAAUCCACGGGAGCUGGAGGGUGAGGGUUUUCGGGUUGUUCAGCACAGCUGAUUGGAGGAAGAGGAGCAGCGUUCAGUCAUGUUAUGUGUGAAUGGCUUUACCCAAAAAAGAAACGAAAGGCACUAUGGCACAUGGCAGGCAAAUAAGUUGCCCCUUCUCUCCUUAACGCCCCAUCUCAUGUGUCUGAGCUCGUUUCCAUUUCCCAGGAGAAGCUUUAAGAAUCUUCAGGGUGGCUGCACUGAAAUUAACCAACUGAAUGCUGUGUGCUUGGUAUGCAUAACCUCUCUGCUCCUGGCAUAGGCCCCUGCCAUCCAUUGGACCACUUGGCUGUCUCACUGGGUUCUCUUAAGGACACCCACCCGAGUGUCAAAAUUUUCUGGCUUAUUAUUAGAGCAAGAAGAUUUGUGAAUGUUCCAGAAGUCUGCAUUUCAUGUACCUGCACCUUGGUGCAGGGCUGAGAGCUCACAUCACAGCUGUGUCAACUAUUCAGAGAGAUGAGUUAGGGGCCUAUAGUCAGAUAUCAGAUUUAAAGCCCAGCCCAUGCCAACACUCUUGGCUGGCACUCUGUGUUGCCAUCCUGUCCAGUUGGGCUUGCCAUUUCUAGGAUAAGGGCAUAUGAGGUUUGAAAACUGGGGAGUGCAAUCUGUCAUAUUAAAGUGGAGGCAUUCCUCCACAUCAUCCCAGAAAAUCUAGAAGGACCAUUCCUGUGUGAAUAUUACCCACUCUUCCACUCCAGCUUGGGUUCCACAACAUGAUGAUUAAUGUAAGACGAUAUAUACUACAUCCCAGGAGGUUCCAGUUCAAAGAAGGGGACAACAUAGAGUAAACUGUGGAGUCCCGAGGAAGAACUUUGCAAAUAAGUGUACCUCACAGAAGAACCCGUACCCACCCAUGUCUCUGGUAUUCCAUCUUCUAACCCUCCUUGUGAUGAUGGGCCUGUCCCUUAGUAGCUGCUGUGUUUUCUGUUUUGUUUUUUUUUUUUUUUGUUUUUUAAGCGGUCCCCACUUUCUCGCCUACCAUGCUCUUGUUUCUGUUCCUUUCUGCUCUCUCACUUGACCUUUUCUUUUACUUCCCUUCUCUAUAAGUAUCUUUGCCACAAUUUUUGGGUUUCUCUUUCCAUUCAUCCCUUUGUGAGUGUUGGCUCCACCCCUUUCCACUUGUUUUACUGCUGGCGCCACCCCUUUCCAUUUGUUUUUUUCUUGGUCCUUACAUUCUUUGGCUGUCAGCCAGUUGACGGUUGCCAGGAUUUUUUUUGUGUGUUUUUGUUUUUGUGGUUGGUUAUUUUUUGUAUUUUAUAUAUAUAUAUAUAUAUAUAUAUAAAAAUACAUACCCGUUUGUCGGCACCACUAAAGGGUCCAGGAUAUAUUUUUUCCACUACCCCCCACCACGUUCCCACGUAUGGACUUGUUUCUGUGACAAGUGGGCACCUUAUGUUCCACAUGUUGUUCUUGUGUGUCCUCUCAACAUUUUUUUUUUUGACCUCCCGAAGGACUUUUAAGACAUUCUGAUUUCAAAAGUAGUGGGGAUUAUGAUUGAAGUACCACCUUCAUCCAUGGGAUGCAGCAAGACUGACCAUUUUGAGCCCCAGCUUUCCACACCCCACUACCAGUGGGCAGUUAACCCCCCCCCCCCAAGUGCUUGUGCAUCUUGUGUUAAUCCUGCCAUGACAUGCUUCAAGCUGUACAUCCUUGUCUUCUCACUGACCGAUUGUCCCUGAUGUAUGAUAACCUGAUUUAUUAAAAUGAAAAAAUAAAAAAUAAAAAGA